UUAGAACUUCAUUAAGGUGAUUGUAAAUCCUAAUAAAUUCAAAUAUAAAUGGCGCCAAGUAGCGACGCCGAAAAUCCAAAACGACGCAGCUUCAUCUGAUUCAGUUAUGGAGGAAACAACCGCCACCAAGAGGCCGAGUUUGAACUCUUCCACCCAAACCCUAAUCACUCUCGGAGAUUCACUUCCCACUCUUCCAUUCGAGCUCAUAAUUGAAAUUCUCUCUAGACUUCCGGUAAAGUUCCUCAUCCAACUCCAAUGCGUAUGCAAAUCCUGGAAAUCUCUAAUCUCCGAUCCCAAAUUCGCCAAGAUGCAUCUCCGUAUGUCAACCACGCGCCACCUUGUCGUCUUAACCUUGACCAAACCCUCACGCUCGCUCAUCGUCAAGACUUACCCUCUCUCCUCCUUAUUCACAGAAAUAACCGCCACUGCCACACAGCUAGCUUACCCUCUCAACAAUGACAACCAAUUCGAGUUCAUCGUUGGCUCUUGCCACGGCAUCCUCUGUUUCGCUAUCGAUCAAAGUGUCGCUCUUUUGUGGAACCCUUCCAUUAGGAAAUUUACGAAAUUGCCCUCUUUGGAAUAUCCAUGUCGACUGGGUUGUUACACAAUAUAUGCCUUUGGCUAUGAUCAUUUCAGUGACACUUACAAGGUGGUUUCUGUUUCUUGCUAUAGAUCUUUUAAUCUUACGGAUUGCUUUUUCAAAACUAAAGUAAAGAUUCAUACUUUGGGGACUAAUUCAUGGAGAAGGAUUCAGGAUUUCCCAACUGGUGUUCCUUUUGAAUUUGAUGAAUCAGGAAAAUUCGUUAAUGGAACUAUUAAUUGGUUAGCAUCUACUAAUUCGAGUUCUUUAUGGGUUAUUGUUUCUCUUAAUUUGAAGGAUGAAUGUUAUCAAGAACUGUUGCUGCCUGAUUAUGGAGGAGUAGAUGUGGUUACUUUAACCAUAGGAGUGUUGAGUGAUUGUUUGUGUAUACUUUCUUAUAGUGAUACUUUUUCAGAUGUUUGGCUUAUGAAGGAGUAUGGAAACAAAGACUCUUGGACUAAUUCAUUCCGUGUUCCUUUCAUGGAAGGUGUUGGUUCUCCUUAUACUAAGGCACUUUAUGUUUCUGAGGAUGAUCAAGUUUUGCUGGAGUGUGAUUCAAAAUUGGUUACUUACAAUUCUAGUCAUGGUACUUUUAAGACUCCCCGAAUUCAAAACAUCAAAGGUUGGAUGGUUCCGGAAAUCUACCAAGAGAGUUUGAUAUCACCUUGUUUUCAACAGUAGGAUGUAUGUAGUAAUAUAGAUGCUAUGUUUGCCAUUUGGGCGUGAGGUUUAUGAAGAGCCAAUUCAUUGGAUUCUUCAACUCCCUAAAUGCAACUUGUAUGUUAAUUUCCAUUUGCGCUACUUAUACCUUAAUUUCUAUUCUGCUUAUACUUUAAUUUCUAUCUGUGUUAUGCCCAGUUAUACUGUUUUCAUGGUUUUUUGUUUGUUAUACUGUUUAGUGAUUUAGUUUUCUAAGAUUGGAAUUAAGUGUUA